AUGGCAUGGCGCUGCAGCGGCCACAGCAACAGCGAGCUGAUCGCGAAUCUCUUCGCGAAAGGGCUAAUCAAGGCACCGCGCGUUCGCGACGCCAUGUCCUCCGUCGACCGCGCGCACUACUGCCCGUCGUCGCCCUCCGCCGCGUAUGAAGACUCGCCGCAGGCGAUCGGGUUCCGGGCCACCAUCUCCGCUCCACACAUGCAUGCGUCCGCCUGCGAAUCGCUACUGAACCAUUUGCCGGAAAACCAGGGCGCGCGGGUGCUGGACAUCGGCUCGGGCAGCGGAUACUUGACGCAUGUUCUUGCGAACCUGGUCUGUGGCGCAGACGGGAAGGGAGAUGGCAAGGUUGUGGGGAUAGACCAUAUCCAGGGCUUGGUGGACUUGGCUGAUAGUAAUAUGCGGCGGAGCGAGGAGGGCAGGCGGCUGUUGAGCACGGGCAAGGUGGAGUUGAUUCUUGGGGAUGGGCGCAAAGGAUAUAAGGCCGGAGGCCCCUACGAUGCAAUUCAUGUGGGCGCGGCUGCGAAGGAGAUGCAUCCGGAUCUGAUGGAGCAGUUGAAAUCACCCGGUCGGAUGUUCAUACCGGUGGACGAUGAAGAUGGUUGGGGCGGCCAAUGGAUCUGGGUCGUGGAUAAGGACAAGGACGGGAAGGUCACCCGGACGAGGGAUAUCGGCGUCAGGUACGUCCCGCUGACGGACGCGCCUAAGUGA